CCUGUUUCUGUAGUAUUAACGCAAAGAAAAUGUACAUGAUGAAGAUGCAGAAAGAAGAAACAUCACAACUUUUUGACAAAAGGACUGUCAGUUUGAAGAAGUUCAUUGUGUGUUUCCUUUGGCUCAUAACAGGUACUGAAUGCACAACAAGAUCAGCAAGCAGAGUGUUAACGGUUCAGACUGGAGGAUCGCUUAUUAUUCCAUGUUAUUAUGACAGGAAAUACACCGAACACAAGAAAUACUGGUGCUUUGAUCGCAGGUCAGCAUACAAUUACUGCUCUAUUCUGGCUUAUGCUAAUGACACCAAAGGAAAAGUGUCAGUAAUUGAUCAUCCAGAUCAGAGUUGUUUUAGUAUGACUAUGAGAAACCUGCAGGAUAAAGACACUGGAGCUUAUUGGUGUGCUGUGGAGAUUGAAGGUAUAACAUGGGAUGUGACAGAGCAGCUUCAUCUCACAGUUCAGUCAGCUCCUGAUGUGUCUGUGGUGAACAACAGUGUAUCUGGACAUAAAGGUGGUGAUAUCGGUGUUCAGUGUCUCUACAGUUCUGGAUAUCAGAAUGAAGUCAAACGGUGGUGCAGAUAUAAAGAUCCGAGCUGUUACACAGUGGGGAGGACUGACACAUCCCAGAAUACAUCAGUCCAGAUCAUUGAUGAUGGGAGAAGAUCCUUCACUGUGCUGAUGACUGGACUGAGACUGACUGAUUCUGGCUGGUACUUCUGCUCUGUAGGGAAACAGGAGGCUCCUGUUCAGCUCACAGUCACUGAAAAUCCACAGGGUUCUGUUCUCAAGGUCACUGAAUCAAAACCAGGAUUUGAGAGAAACAGGGAUUAUUUGUAUCUGGAGGUGUGGAUUCCAGCCGUUGUGCUGCUGAUGGUGAUUGUGAUUGUCGUGUCAGCUGUUGCUCUGAAGAAACACAACAAUAAACACAUCACAGAGGUGAACAGAGACAGAGCCAAUGAUGCAGGAAAUGGUGCUAGUUCAUCUUCAGCGAUUGCAGAGAGUGACGUGACUUACACCACUGUGACAGUACAACCUAAAACUAAAGCAAGCAGCCCAGUUUCUGUGGAGGACGACGUGACCUACAGCUCUGUGCACAGGUGAAAACCACUGAACACCAGAGCAAAAUAUGAACAACUGAAGUUGAAACAAGCUAAUAUAUAGUUGAUAUUUCUGAAUAAUUACAAAUACAAAGCAUGCAAAAUACUAAUUCUGGUAAAAUUAUACCUUUAUCUCUCUCUUUCUCUAGUAGUGGCAUUGUGUGAGUACUUUUGGGUUGUAAAAAAUCUAAUAUAAAUAAAUCUAAUAUAAAUAGCAUUGUACUGUAGAAGUGUUCUUUAGUAAUUUAUGUAAAUUUCUGUUGUCUGUAAAAAGCUUAAUAAUAAGCAGUAAUAUAUAUUUGCAUAGUUAAGCUGUAAUGUGCUUGCUUUCGAGUGUGACAAUAAAUAAAAUCU